CAGAGAGACAGGGAGAACCUCGUGAACCGGCUUUGUGAUUUUCAUCCGUUCUCAAGCGUUUUUCAUUUUUAUUUUUUUAUUUUUUUUUUAAAUUACACCUACCAACUGAGUCCACUACAGCGGAUGAUGCUCGCUUGUGGACACUGAAUUUCAGCCACAUAUAUUCACCAAACCGAUCAUAUGUGCAUAGAAGAAUACAUUGAAGAAGAUGAGGAACCACCUUUGCUGCUCAGCUCUUGUCCUUGUCACGGUGUUUGGCUGUGGUGGGACUGCAGCAGUGCAGUGUCGGUGGGGGGAAGGGUGUGUGUGUCUGCAAUGCCCUGCAGGCGAGGAGCCUUCCAAGGCUUGUGGGCAGAUCCAAAGUCCAACAGAAGAAGUGCAAUGCCGAUUGUGCCCGACUGGAACCUUUUCAGAUGCAUUCGACUCUGAACGUUGUCGUCCACACGCCUCCUGCAAGAUCCUCGGCCGAAAGGUUGUAGCCCCUGGGACUGCGACCUCAGAUGCCAUGUGUGGGGACUGUCUGCCUGGGUUUCACUCCACUGCCACAGGGGACGUUUCUACCCAAAGUCCCUGUGUGAAAACAGCUUCGCAUGUCAGAACAGUUCGCACGGUGGGUAAAGGUCCAUCCGCUGGUGCAGGAGGACUGGUUAACGGCACAAUGGUGCGCAGCGCUGAGGAGAAGACAGCAGAGUACGCUGUUUUUGCUCUGGUUCCCAUCUUCUGUGUGAUGGGCCUGUUGGGUAUCCUCAUCUGCAACAUCCUGAAGAAGAAGGGAUACCGCUGCACGGCUGAGAAGGAGGGCGGGGAUGAAGAGACCGCCACACCGCAGAAAGAAGGUAACAGUUGUCCCUACAUAUCUGAUGACCUGAAUGAAGACACCAUCAGUGUUCUUGUUCGCCUCAUUACUGAAAAGAAAGAAAAUGCUGCUGCACUGGAGGAACUGCUGCUGGAGUACGAAAGCAAACAGAUGGCCAUGAGCAAAGGCUCCUCAAUCAAGUUCCCGAUGCUUUCUCCCUUGUCCCCGUUCCGCUCCCUCCCCAGGCUCUGCCCCCAUCAGUCCCACCUCCACACCAUCUCCGGCCUCUCUGGCCUGGCCCCCAGACACGGCUACCGCUGCUCCCGUUGCGCCCAGAGAAAAUGGCCCCCUGUUCUCAUACCUCCUCUGGAUUCCCUCAAAGAUCCUCUGAAGCCCCCGCAGACCCUCAUCCUGCCCUCCCUGGAAACAUCUACCGACCAGCAGAAGAGCCCCCUGCUGGCGGGACACUCUGUCGACACCACCAAACAAGCUGUUGUGCCAAAUACUGUACAGGAGAAAGUAGAAGGGAAUGACGGGACGGAGAAGAAGGAGGGAGAGCUGACAGUGUUGUCUGUGGGGAGAUUUCAAGUUGCUCAGAUUCCCGAGCAGAAGCCCGUCACCAUGGACACCCAGACAUCAUCCCAGGAGCAGAGGAACUCUCUGUUUGGUGGGAAACCCUUCUCCUCCUCUUCAUCAUCUGGCGUCAGGAGGUGAAGAGACAGACAGAUGCUGUACGAUAACGCUACCUCUCUGAAGAUGACCUCAUCAUCCACUGACAACUUAACAGCAGGGAGGGUGUUUUUAUGCAACUGACACAAAGAAACCACAAGAUCCACCCGCUGGAAGAAGUUGUAUCUCGUUAUGCAAAAAGAGGAACAUAACUGUAUUUAUUAUUACAAAAAAAAAAUAUUGUUAAUUGCAGUUGUAACAGAUGU